AGAAAAUCAUGUUCAUUAUAUAUUCAUGUACAAAUUUUCAAGGCUUGGUUCAUCGUUAGGAAUAAGGGCUUUAAAUUCUUCAGAAUGACAGUAUAUUGGCUACAGAAAAGUCAUUCCUUAUUUCAUCCUAUUUUAGAAAUUAGAAUUUACCUCCGACAUAGCAUUUUGAAUAUAAUACAAGGAGGUUGAGUCCUUGGGGAAAGAAUGUGUUUUUUAUUUAUUAUCAACAGCGUCUACUGCAUUCGAUAAAAUACAUUUGAAGAAGACACCCGUAGGGUUCCUUGGAAGAAAGAUAGGCCACCCACCACUGAAACACCACUGAAAUAAAAAGUGGGUGCUUAGUGUGUUGAUCCCAACUACCGCGGCCAAGUACUUCUAUCCAGGUACGGUUAGCAUCCCAGGUUGCUCAGGAGUCCCCCUUCCCAGGUCAGAGAGGACGUGGCGCCAAAGCCCGGCUCCAGCCAGUUCUCCCGGGGCAAGUGCAGCUCGGGGCGCGAGGCCGGGGGAGGGGAAAAGGGCAGGCGUGGGGUUGAGCUGGGACUUGGGACUCAGACGGCGGGCUGGGCGUGGACCAAAGGACGCCCUCUCGGCCCGCCCCCGCCGCUCCAUUGGCCACAUCGGUGCAGAAAAGGCCUGGCGGCCGGGGGCGCCCGCAGUGUCACUGGGCCGGCGGGGGCGCGCGCCGCGCCGUGGGCUGGGACUGGCCAGGAACGCCGGCGGCGGGUGCGGGCCCGGGAGACUCGAGCAGCCGCGGGGCCUCGGCCUCGCUCGCUCCUCACCCCCUCCCCCCGCGCCGGGGGAGGCGGCGUGUCCGGCGGAGGGUUGUGGGGCGCGGGGCCGGGCUGGAGCGCCAUGAGCAGCCCGGAUGCGGGAUACGCCAGUGACGACCAGAGCCAGAGCCGGAGCGCGCUGCCCGCGGUGAUGGCCGGGCUGGGCCCCUGCCCCUGGGCCGAGUCGCUGAGCCCCCUCGGGGACAUGAAGGUGAAGGGCGAGGCGGCGGCGAGCAGCGGGGCGCCGGCCGGGGCGGCGGGCCGAGCCAAGGGCGAGUCUCGCAUCCGGCGGCCGAUGAACGCCUUCAUGGUGUGGGCUAAGGACGAGCGCAAGCGCCUGGCGCAGCAGAACCCAGACCUGCACAACGCCGAGCUGAGCAAGAUGCUGGGCAAGUCGUGGAAAGCGCUGACCCUGGCGGAGAAGCGGCCCUUCGUGGAGGAGGCCGAGCGGCUGCGCGUGCAGCACAUGCAGGACCAUCCCAACUACAAGUACCGGCCGCGGCGGCGCAAGCAGGUGAAGCGGCUGAAGCGGGUGGAGGGCGGCUUCCUGCACGGCCUCGCCGAGCCGCAGGUGGCCGCGCUGGGCCCUGAGGGCGGCCGCGUGGCCGUGGACGGCCUGGGCCUGCCCUUCCCCGAGCAGGGCUUCCCCGCGGGCCCGCCGCUGCUGCCCCCGCACAUGGGCGGCCACUACCGCGACUGCCAGGGCCUGGGCGCACCCCCGCUCGACGGCUACCCGCUGCCCACGCCCGACACGUCCCCCCUGGACGGCGUGGAGCCGGAUCCGGCCUUCUUCGCUGCGCCGCUGCCCGGGGACUGUCCAGCAGCCGGGCCCUACAGCUAUGCGCAGGCCUCGGACUACGGGGGGCCCCCGGAGCCGCCCGCCGGCCCCAUGCACCCCCGGCUUGGCCCCGAGCCCGCGGGCUCCGCAAUGUCGGGCCUCCUGGCGCCCCCCAGCGCGCUGCACAUGUACUACGGCGCGAUGGGCUCUCCGGCGGCGGCGGGGGGCGGGCGCGGCUUCCAGAUGCAGCCGCAGCAGCACCCGCCGGGCCCUGGGCAGCCGUCGCCCCCUCCCGAGGCGCUGUCCUGCCGGGACGGCGCGGACCCGAGCCAGCCCGCCGACCUCCUCGGGGAGGUGGACCGCACGGAAUUCGAACAGUAUCUGCACUUUGUGUGCAAGCCCGAGAUGGGUCUCCCCUACCAGGGACAUGACUCUAGUGUGACUCUCCCGGACAGCCACGGGGCCAUCUCCUCGGUGGUGUCCGAUGCUAGCUCUGCGGUAUAUUACUGCAGCUAUCCUGACGUCUGACGAGUCCCCAGCCGACCCAGCCUGCAGGCCAGAAGCAGUGUUACACACUUCCCGGAGGAGCGAAGGAAAUCCUCAGCCUCGUGUUGUGUUGUUUUGUUUUUAAGUUGCCUUGGCAUAUAAUUUAUGGUAAUUUAUUUUGUCUGCCACUUGAACAGUUGGGGGGAGAAAAAUGUGAGGGUGUGUUUUAAGAUUUGUUCAGAUACUUGUUUCCCACCGUUACAUUGUUAAAAGCCCAUUUCCAACUUCAAGUUUACCAGUUUUGAGUGUGUCCCAGAACAACUUGCUCCAUUUCCUGAAAAUUUGUUGAUCAAAGAAAUUUUGUCCUGGGUGUGUGUUUUCAAUCUUUAAAAAAAUAAAAUCUGGAAUCUUU